AUGCCCAUGAACACAGCGUACGGUCUCACAAUGGCUGCCCGAGCGAAGGGGAUCCCUCCACAGGAUUACCUCUACUGGGUCGCGGCGUUCUUCGUCUGGGCGUUUGUGGCAAGGAGUCUUGCGUGCACCAUCAACGAUAUGUGUGAUCAAGAAUAUGAUCGUAGGGUUGAACGCACGAAAGGACGUCCGAUUGCAAGCGGAAAGAUUUCUCUUUUUGCCGCGGGAGUUUUCUUGCUCUUCCAGGUCGCCGCCUACAUCGGGCUCGUAUGGACAAGGGACAGCAUGCUAUUCUACUGUCGCCUGAUAUGGCUCCCACUGAUCUUCAUCUAUCCAUUAAUGAAGAGGAUCACUUCUUUCCCUCAGGCGUGGCUGGGCAUUGCGAUGAACUGGGGUGCCCUUCUCGCAUGGACAACAGUCUACGGUCCACUCAAGUCGAACGUAAUAGCCCCUCUCAUGGGUGGACUUUGGGCGUGGACCAUGUUCUAUGAUACCAUCUACGCGUGUCAAGACUAUAAAGAUGACAUCAAGAUCGGCAUUGGCUCGUCUGCCAUAGCAUUACAGAAUACACUGAAGCCAUUCCUUUUCCUUCUGUCUCUCAUGUUCAUCUCUCUCCUCUCCUAUGCUCUUCGCGCCAGCGGCCACAGCAUUCCCCUCAUCGUAUUCACCGCGGUCACCGCCAUUGGGGAGAUGGCGUGGCAGAUAGUGAAUACCAAUCCGGCUAAGCCGGAGACGUGCAAACGGAAUCUCAAGAGGAAUGCUGACUUCGGAUGCGUCUUGUGGCUCGCGAUGGCAAUGGACUAUCUUAUCUCUACUCCGUGA